AAAACUAACUCCACUCGCUCCUCUGGACACCCAUACCUGCAAUUUGUUUUGCCCACUGCCGGGAGUUAUCCUCUCUGUCGCCGGCGGUAACAAUCGUGCCUAAAAAUGGAACAACUUCCGGUUCAGCCGAUUGUCGCCGUCGUAAUUUCGACAUUAAUCGCCGCCAGAGCUUACAGGAGAAAAUCUCUCGACCUCUCCGGUGCUGUCGCCGGUUUCCUGGUUAUGUCUAUUCACUUCGCCGUUAGUUAUAGGUUUGGAGCGAUGCUGCUUAUGUUCUUCUUCACUUCAUCGAAGCUAACGAGAUUCGGAGAGGAUAAAAAGCGAAAACUCGAUGCUGAAUUUAAGGAGGGCGGUCAGCGCAAUUGGAUUCAAGUUCUGUUCAACAGUGGCAUUGCAACCGUCUUCGUGUUGAUUUCAUGGAAGUUGAUUGGUUCGCAGGACAAGUGCCUCGACUCAAAUGACUCAUAUCUUGUCACUUCUUUAAUUGGAGGUAUUAUUGGUCACUAUUGCUGCUGCAAUGGAGACACAUGGUCUUCAGAACUUGGGAUUCUAAGCGACGAGCAACCUCGACUGAUUACAACAUUCAAGCCUGUAAAGAGGGGCACAAAUGGCGGAGUGACAAGAGCAGGACUUCUAGCAGCUGCAGCAGCAGGGAGUGUCAUUGGAGUAACAUUUGUUCUCCUAGGAUUUCUCACAACAAAAUGCUCCUACAGCGUGGCUCUGAAACAGCUAUUAGUUAUACCUCUAUCUGCUCUGGCUGGAGUCUUCGGAAGUCUUGUAGAUUCUUUAUUGGGAGCGACUUUGCAGUUCAGUGGAUUCUGCACCAUUCGCAAUAAGGUUGUUAGCAAACCAGGACCAACUGUGAAGAAAAUAUCAGGUCUUAGUGUUCUGGACAACAAUGCUGUCAACCUAGUCUCGAUAUUGAUAACAUCAGCAGUGUUUUCGGUUGCCAGUUUAUUUGUAUUCUGAAACCCUGAGAUUGUUGAGUAGGCUACUAGCAGUUCCAAGUGAGUUAGUGUUUGGUUGACAACUUUUUAAAACACAACUAUGGCAUUUGAUUACUCCUUCAA